CCGCUACGGGAGAGUGUGAUUGGUUGACCUUGCAUCGGCGAAUGGGGCAUGUGGCAUUGCCCAUUUUGCAGCAAAUAGUUAAGCAAGAGAUGGUCAGUGGGAUACGUGUCAAGGGGGAGCCGAAUGAGGGUACAACCCUUCGAACCCUCUUCGUCGCGGCGGCCAUCAAAGGAUGGGUGGUGAAGCAAAUGGAUAUCGUAACGGCCUUCCUCAACGGAGUUUUGGAGGAAGAGACCUACAUGGAGCAGCCAAAGGGGAGGUGAUGCUGAAGCUUCAAGACAAGUUCAAGUGCAAGACCCUUGGUGAUGUCAACUACUACCUUGGGCUUCACAUUGAGCGAGAUGUGGAGAAGCGGUGGAUGCGAGUGCAUCAAAAGAAGUACUUGG